AUGGCUGCCUUGUUGCCAGUUGCUUGCCCCGCGACAACCAGCCCUACUACAAGAGAAUCUCCAUUCGUGGACCUUCGUGGAAAGACCGUCGGUGAAUACAGUGUCCAGAAAUGGAUCCAUGGUGGAAGCCGUGCGGACGUCUUUCAAGGCACCGACGCAGAAGGCAGACACGUCGCCAUAAAGGUAGCGAUAAAGAGUGCUUCUGACUUGGAAAAGGAGUACUACCGCAUCAAGUUUCUUACCUCGAGACAAGCUCCUGUUCCUCGUCCUCGAGCCUUGUUCACACAUGACACCAGUGACGGUGGUCAAUUCUAUCGCGUAAUGGUCAUGGACUAUUUCCCCUCGACCCUUGAGGCUCGUCUUCGCAAACCGGAACCGAUUUCACAUGUGGAGAUUCUUCGUAUCGCACGCGAAGCAAUCACCGGCCUCUCGAAAAUCCACUGGCGUAGUGUCAUCCAUGGCGACAUCAACGAGAGGAAUCUCGCUUUUGACAAGAAUGGCAAACUCGUAUUCAUCGGCUUUGGCCAGGCUCGUGACCUACAAGGCUUUACGGCCGUUUUGGACGAGAUCAACAAGAAGGGUUGGCAAAUCGAGGUGACCUCCGCAUCUUCCAUGAUGCUGUGGAAAAUGUGGACGUUGAUGCACUCAUGCUGGAGUCGUUUGACUUGGCUGCGCAAUCGGCAAUGGCAGCAGCAAGGCAGCAGCAACGGCAACGGCAACGACGGCUACACCGGCAACGUCACAGUAGCGGCAAACGGCAAACGGCACAGGGCCGGCCGGCUCUCCUUUGGCGCGGCCUCGCUAAAAGCUGACCCCCUCAUCUCGCCCUUUAGCGUCGGCCUCAUGUAUCCCUUUUGUAUCCGCCGGUCUGGAUGA